AUUACUACUCGUACCCCACACUUUCUCAUCUCUCGACGACUAACAACCCCGCAUUGUCACAAGUUGACCACCAAGCAUGGCUCCUCUCAUCCCCGCAGGCGCUGGGAUCGGUGAAGACCAUCCCUCCAAGACGUGGUCCUUUCAGACGCUGUGCGCAACCAUCUACGACCCGGACCACCUCGAUCAGUAUGGCAGCUCAUCAACGCCCAUAUACCAGUGCACCACUUUCAAGGGACUCCCAGGUACAAAGAAGACAGCCUAUGACUAUUCCAGGUCCUCCAACCCUAGCCGUAGUGUCCUCCAAAACCAUCUAUCCAAGAUCCAAGGGGCCAAGUACUCCUUUGCCGUCUCCACAGGCAUGGCUUGUCUGGACAUCAUCACGAGGUCUGUGAAGCCCAACGAGGUCAUCUUGGCGGGUGACGACAUCUACGGAGGAACACAUCGCUUGCUGGGUAUGCUCAUGAAGAACAACAACAUCAAGGUCGUCCACGUCGACAUGAGUGAUCAGAAGCUUCUCGCCGAGACGGUGCGACAGCUGGUCGAGGACGGCAAGCAGCCAGGUGCGCCCAAGCUUGGCAUGGUCCUUGUCGAGACGCCUACGAACCCUAUGCUCAAGGUCAUUGACAUCCGCGCUUGCGUCCAAUCGGUCCGCAAGUACAUCUCAGCCGAAGACGCGCCCAUCAUCAUGGACAACACCAUGAUGAGCCCUGCCCUCAUGCGCCCCCUAGAGCUCGGAGUCGAUGCCGUCUAUGAUUCGGCUACCAAGUACCUUUCAGGCCAUCACGACCUCAUGGCCGGAAUAAUCGCGACGAACAACGAUGAUUUGGCCCAGACCUACCACUUCACCAUCAAUUCAGUCGGCAAUGCCCUCGCGCCGUUUGAGUCUUUCUUGCUCAUGCGUGGUCUCAAGACGCUGCACAUCCGUCUGGCAGCCCAGCAAUUGGGUGCGCAACGCGUCGCAGAGCACCUCCAGGGAUUGGGCUUUAAGACGCACUACCCCGGCCUCAAGGGCCACCCAGGGAGGGACAUGCACUUCUCCCAGGCAAAGGGAGCAGGAGCCGUCAUUUCCUUCGAGACUGACGACCCGCAGCUCAGCCAGAUGGUCGUCAACGCCACGCGUCUCUGGGGCGUCAGUGUCUCAUUCGGCAGCGUCAACUCCCUCAUCAGUAUGCCCUGCCUCAUGUCGCACGCAGCCAUCGACCCCAAAGUUCGAGCGGCGCGUGCCCUUCCUGAGAACCUGCUUAGACUGUGUGUGGGAAUCGAGGACCCGGAUGACUUGAUCGCCGACCUGGACGCCGCCUUCCUUGCUGCGGGAGCACUGCACAAGGACGCCAAUGGGCAACUCACGCGUGCUAAGCCUGCCUCGUCGACGGCAGCCAAUGGCUCCAUGUCAGCUCCUGCGGCAGCAGCAGCCAGCCCUGCCUCUCAGCAAUCCAUCGUAGUCUCUGCACCGGGCAAGGUCAUCCUCUUCGGCGAGCACGCGGUGGUCCACGGCGUCACGGCGCUGGCCGCUUCGGUAGGAUUGCGAUGCUAUGCGCUCGUCCAGCCACGAGGAGACGGUAAAGUGCAAUUGGAGCUGCCCGAGCUCAAGGUCAACCAUGAGUGGAUCAUUGCAGACCUUCCCUGGGAUGCUGUACCGUCCAAGGUCGGUGGGCUGAACAAGGCCACCGAGACACCAACGGAGCUCGACGCUAGACUGCUCCGCCGUAUUGUGCAGACCGUGGAGAGCAAGGCAGCCGCAGCCGAGCGCGACCAUGCAAGCUGUGUUGCCUUCCUCUACCUCUUCAUGACGCUUGGCGCCAAGUCUCACCAGGGCCAGACGUUCACCUUCCGCUCAUUGCUGCCCAUCUCUGCUGGCCUCGGAUCCUCUGCAGCCUACUCUGCCUGCCUGGCCUCUGCACUCCUCUACACCAACGGCGUCAUCUCCAUCCCCUCGGCCUCGUCCCCCAUCUCAAGCGCGGACGCUGACCUUGUGAACAGCUACGCCUUCCUUUCGGAGCGUGUACUGCACGGCAACCCCUCGGGCGUGGACAACUCGGUCGCAGUCUACGGUGGCUGCCUUACCUUCACGCGUCCCUCUGCCCCGCGCAACCAGCACAAGAGCAAUGAGCUCAAGCUCCUACCGAAUGUGCACGCCAAGCGUCUUCUGCUGACGGACACGGGUGUCUCACGCGACACAAAGGCUCUCGUCGCGGGAGUGCAGCAGCGCCUCGACCAGGACCCGUCUCAAGUCAACGCCGCCUUCGACACGAUCCAAAAGAUCGCCGACGAGGCGGCUCAGCUCCUCACUUCGGGCGGCAAGGAUGCGGACGUCAAGCUGGGUGAGCUGAUGAAGAAGAAUCACCAGCUUCUCGCGUCCCCUCUUGGCGUGUCCCACCCUUCUCUCGAGGAGGUGCGCAACGCCCUGAGCACUGUAUCGCCCGCUCUCUCCACCAAGCUUACAGGAGCUGGCGGCGGAGGCUGUGCAGUCACGCUCAUCCCGUCUGGCACGCCGGACAAUGUCGUGUCCGAGGCCCGCGAAUCACUGCAGCGCCUGCCUGACUUCUCAUCCGUUCACGAGACCGUCGUAGGAGGGAGCGGACUGAGCGUAUUGGGUGACGUCAAGGUGCUGCGCAGUGCGAGCGUGGACGUCAAUGGCGAGACUGGGGAGCAGACGCAUCACUUCGAGGGGGAGAGGUUCGCCAAGGCUGGCCUGGAGGAGUUGGGUGAGUGGCUGGAGGGGACCGAGGGCAAGGCGCGACAGGGCUGGUCAAGGGUGGAGCAGAAGUAA